CUCACCUAGGAAAUGAGCCCCGACUAUGGAAAUCGAGCCGCUUUGGUGUUGAGACGCGCAAACGUUGACCAAGGCGGACGUAGACGUCGCCACGUGCAAUCGUACCCACGAGAGUAUUCUCUGUUUGGGGCAGUGAAAGCCACUCGAUCACCCCCAAAAGUUAUCGCGACGGACACUUUCGUUCGCCGUGUUUCCCGUUGCUCAGCAUGGCUGCGAUGACCCCGUCCGAGCCGCGUCGCUCGGCUUUCUUCACGCUCGAGGACGCCAAGAUCAGCUUCAGUAUCAUCUGCUGCAUCUGUGGCAUCGGCACGCUCGCUAUGCCCUCCAAUUUUGCCCGUGCCGGACCCGUAUACGGCACCAUUGCGAUGAGUUUUAUGGCCUUCGCGAAUAUAUACGCGACCGUGGCGCUGUCGCGCGUCAUCCUCGUCGCCCCUCCUUCCGUCCAGACGUUCAGCGACGUCGGCGAGUGGGUGCUCGGCAAGACCGGACGCUACCUCGUAAACGUGUCCCAAUUGCUCGUAUGUCUGCUUCUACCCUGCGCCUUCCUGGUUCUAGGUAGUACUCUACUCGAUGUGCUGUUCCCGGACUCGUUCAGCCAGAUCUUCUGGAUCAUUUUCAUGGCCGUCACGGCCGUGCCAGCCUGUUUGAUCCCGACGCUCAAAGCUGCAGCGACCGUGGCGUUCAUCGGAUGCAUGGGCACUAUUAUCGCUGACGUGGUAGGAGUCAGCGUCCUGGAGUGGGAAAUGAGCGGCCACCCGACGGCGCCGUCCCCCGACAUCUCGCUGCACCAGGUGCUCACGGCGUUCGGCAACCUGUCGCUCGCGUACGGUGUCGCCGUCUUGAUCCCGGACCUGCAGCGUCAGCACUCGCAGCCGAAGCGUAUGCCCCGCGUUAUUGUGGUUAGUCUAGGUAUCGGUUCAGCUUUCUUCCUGGCUGUGGCUAUCGCUGGAUACGUCGCCGGCGGCUGCCAGCUUUCGGCUAACCUGCUCUUCUCGAUCGUCAACAUUUCGGAUCCGUCGUCGCCGUCGGCGCUGGGUUUCGUCCCGAACCACGGCGCCGUCAUUAUGGCGUACAUGUUCAUGCACCUGCACGUCGUGAUUGUUCUGUCCACAGUUCUACAGCCGCCGUUCUACAUGGCCGAACGUCUCGUUCUUGGUAUGCACAAGGAUCCCGUCGCCGUCUCGAUCCCGGAGAAACCGGACGAGAACGACGGAUGGGAGGAGCUGCGCGACAAGCUGUCGACGAACGGCCCCGUGACCAGCGUCAACGAGCACGCCGCGAGAGACCUGGAGAGCAACGCCGACUCGGAUAUCGAUACGCUGUCGAACUCGGCGAAGCGCGAGCAGGAAGAGAAGGAGCACGACGAGGCCCAGCUCUCGGACUACAGCGGCUCGGCCAACGUGUUCCGCUACGUCACGCUGCGUCUCGUCAUCAUGGCGAUCCUAGUGGGGGCCGCCAUCGGCUUCCGUUCGCACUUCCUGGACCUCGUGGAUUUCACGGGCGCGUCUGCCAUCACCGUGUGCUGCCUGGUGCUGCCGCUUGUGUUCUACCUCAAGGUUUUCUGGCGCGAUCUGCCCAUGUACGAGCGCGUGGUGGCGGUCGUGGUGAUCGUCGUGUGCACCGUCGUGGGCUGCUACGUCAUGAUCGACGCCGGCAAGAACCUGUUCAACCCGGACUCGGACGGCGUCACGUUCCCGUACUGCCCGGCGGAACACCAGUCCGAGCCGUACUACGUGCGUAACUCAACGGCGUGAAUGGCCGGCGAUCGUCGACUUAAGACGGGAGAUCGUCGCAUUAAGUCAGGCGAUCGGAGAAUUAGGAGAGCAUUAGGCCAGAGCCAUGAUAGGUGUCUAUAAGCCUACUGGAGUUAAUCCAAUCCAUUUUGCAGGCCUUGUUGUUCCAGUCGAAGUUGAGGCAG